UUCCCGAACGUAUGUAAACAAUUACAAAUCCUCGUGAAGGUUCUAGCUUCCUUAGCUAGAACCGUCUAGAAUGUUCUUCUGACAGUGUAUAUAAACCUGUGUGUGAUCAGUUUGUUAGCAUUCCUGGAUACGAACCCGGCACUACAGUACAAGAUACCUGACAGAGGUUGUAGCCAUACUUAAGGGGCGCUGUAGCCUGAACACAUACUGCCAUACACAGUUUUUGUCCUAUUUCUACUUUCGUUUUAACGAAAUAUAGAUUGCCAGACGAUUUAACAUCAUAUAUACAAUAACGAGAUGACUUCGGCGAUUGGAAUAGAUUUGGGGACCACAUACUCGUGUGUGGGUGUGUUCCAGCACGGUAAGGUGGAAAUUAUAGCAAACGAACAGGGUAACAGAACCACGCCCAGUUUCGUUGCCUUUUCGGAUACGGAAAGACUGAUCGGAGAAGCGGCGAAAAACCAGGUGUCCAUGAAUCCUGAAAACACUAUAUUUGAUGCGAAAAGGCUCAUUGGACGAAAGUUCGAUGACCAGCACGUGCAGUCGGACAUGAAGCAUUGGUCAUUUAAGGUAGUUAAUUGUGGCGGUAAACCUAAGUUACAGGUGCAAUGUAAAGGCGAGACGAAGCAAUUUAACCCGGAGGAGGUGAGCUCCAUGGUGCUGACAAAACUGAAGGAAACAGCUGAGGCGUAUCUGGGUAAAAAGGUCAAAGAUGCGGUCAUAACGGUACCAGCUUACUUCAACGACGCUCAGAGGCAAGCGACAAAGGACGCUGGUUUCAUCGCCGGACUUAAUGUCCUCAGGAUUGUCAACGAGCCCACAGCCGCCGCUCUGGCAUAUGGCUUGGACAAAAAUUUGAAAGGUGAGAAAAAUGUUCUCAUCUUCGAUCUUGGAGGAGGGACGUUCGACGUGUCUGUUUUGACCAUUGACGAGGGUUCCAUGUUCGAGGUGAGAUCGACUGCCGGGGAUACCCAUCUGGGCGGGGAGGAUUUCGACAACAGGAUCGUCAGCCAUUUCAUGCAGGAGUUCAAGAGGAAAAACGGUAAGGACAUGAGUCAGAACAGUAGGGCAGUCAGGAGACUGCGCACGGCAUGCGAACGCGCCAAGAGGACACUGUCGAGCAGCAGUCAGGCCUACCUGGAAAUAGACGCUUUGUUUGACGGUAUUGACUUCAAUGGUAAGCUCACAAGGGCAAGGUUUGAGGACUUAUGCAACGAUUUAUUCCGUGCCACUUUGCACCCUGUAGAAAAGGCGCUCAUAGAUUCAAAAAUAGAUAAAUCAAGGAUUCAUGAAGUUAUCCUCGUAGGAGGCUCGACACGCAUACCGAAGAUUCAGAAACUGCUCGAAGAAUUCAUGAAUGGGAAAAAACUAAACAAAUCCAUUAAUCCUGAUGAAGCAGUGGCGUAUGGUGCUGCUGUCCAGGCCGCCAUUCUUACUGGUGACAAAAGUGACCUCAUCAAGGAUGUUCUUCUCAUGGACGUGACUCCUCUAUCACUGGGAAUAGAAACAGCCGGAGGCGUGAUGACAAACCUAAUAGACCGAAACACGACCGUUCCGACAAAGACGUCCAAAACAUUCACCACGUACUCGGACAAUCAGCAAGGCGUCAACAUAAAAGUGUUCGAGGGGGAACGCGUCAUGACCAGGGACAACAACCGUCUGGGGACUUUUGAACUUGUCGGCAUCCCUCCAGCUCCACGGGGCGUGCCUCAGAUUGAAGUCCAGUUCGACAUCGAUGCCAGUGGUAUCCUGAACAUCACGGCUGAAGAGAAGAGCAGUGGUAAAACUAAUACUAUUACCAUCACCAACGACCAAGAACGGCUCAGCAAGGAGGACAUCGAGAAGAUGGUCUCCGACGCCGAAAAGUACAAAGAAGAGGACAACAAACAAAGACAGAGAGUUUCCGCAAGGAAUCAACUUGAAAAUUACGUUUUAAGCGUCAAAACAGCGAUAGGUAACGCGGGCGAUAAAGUGUCGUCUGAAGACAGGGCUGUCGUCAGUCAAAGCUGCGAUGAACACAUAAAGUGGCUGGAUUCUAACACAACUGCAGAGGUAGAGGAAUUCGAGUACAAACUGAAGGAGUUUCAGAGACUGUGCACACCAAUCAUGACCAAACUUCACGGAGGCGCCCAACAGGGUGACAGUGGUGAAUCCCAAAAUAGCUACAGUGGCCCCAUAAUAGACGAAAUGGAUUAAACACGUCAGUGUACAACCACUGUACAGAACUGUGGACCAAGGCACUCAAUCAAAAAGGUCAAUUUAACAAUAACAUUGAGUUGCUAUAUGGUUGUAGCAAUAUCAUUUUUGUUGUAUUUUGCUAUAAUUUUGUUUCUAUUUUAUUGUUAUU